ACACAUCUGAAAUUCUGAAAUAUAUAUAUAUACAGUUUUCCUAAUCCCUUGCACGUGUUUGUGUCCAUGUCAAACGCAAAAGUGGGGACUGUUUAUCAAGUGUGCGUUGUUGAUGGCUGAGGACUGAGGAGAGAUGGCUGAUGGGUUUAAGAUGAGGCUGAUAAGCUCCUCCGCGCGUCAACAUAAUAAGGCCGAGGCUACAGGGACAUGGCUGAUCAGCAUUCCCUUCAUCUGUACUGCAUCCGAUCCUUAAUUUCCACUGAUGGAGCUCAUGUUUUGUGUGUGAGGCCAUGAUGGAUAUGUGAUGUAGCAUUAAGAACAAUGGCUCUGUGCGCGUGCAAUGUCAGUCCCAAAAUACCGCGGCUAUAAUAUGAGGAGAGAGAGAGAGAGAGAGAGAGAGAGAGACUGGAAGAAGGGCUUGGAGGAAGGAGACACAGACGACGACUAGGCUAUAUCCCGCUAGACAGAUAGAUGAUCAUGAUUUCGGAUUUAUUUUAAAGAAACUGUGAGGGAAAACAAUAAAUCGGCAUCGGUGCUGGUUGGAUUAGUGAGCGUGGGAAGGAUUUGCAAAAAAAAAUAAAAUAAAAUAAACAACAAACGUUUUGAGGUCGAUAGCGCAAGCGCAUGUGAGUAAAUAAAUAUAUAAAUAAGUAGAAACGGGAGGCGAGCGUCAUCCGCAGUGUGUUAGCUUUUAGCCUCCAUCUCCUUGCAGCACCUGCGCGCGCUCAGGCAUCAGGAGACGGAGCGCGAGGAACCUAAACAGUAACGGAAGCGCGGAUCGGAAGAUCGGUGUGUUUUUUUUUUUUGGGAAGGGGAGAUAUAGAAAGAGAGGGAGGGAGAUAUAGAGAGAGAUAGCGAGGUGUUUGUAACGGUGCGGUUGCCGUUGCUGAUGCACACAUGUCCGCGGGUGUGAAGUCGCCAUUCUCCGCCCUGCAGCGCGGAUUCUCCGUCUCUGUGUGCGGACAGCAGCGCUGACACACUGCUCAUAACCGACCAGAAACACCACGGGCCUGGAAGACCGAACCAGUGGCCUUACAAUUAAGACACGGGAUCAGAACCUGGCCUGAUAGGACAUCAAAUCAAUAACUGAUGCAGUUGAUUCUGUAUGGACGAGGCAUCUGACUGGAUUUUUAUUCCUCCACACCUAUUUUCCCAGACCUCCAACAUGGGACGACACUGACUGAAGAAGGAAGAAGAAGAAGAAGAAGAAAAAAAAAGAAGCCCGGCAUGUUGAUCGCAUCUUCAUUCUAUUCUUCAUCCCGCGUCGAUUUCUAGGCUAAUCUCUCGAGCCUAUAAAUAUUUUAAUAAAGACCAAAUCCAGGCUGAUGACUUACCAAUGACGCCAAUACGGCAGCGCAUUCUUUAUAGUAGCGCUGGAUGUGUCUGUGCACCCCCAUAUUUCUAUAAGUAGACCGCUAUAGAUUUCCUCAGCCUCCGUUGUCUUGGAGAUGUGCUUAUUUUAAAGGCAGAUCCCGUUUCUUUGGGGGCUUAUUAAAAACACAGGGAUCCGCCAAAACCCAGCACUGAUCAUUCUAUCCACAUCCUGACUGGGCCAGUUUUCCCUACAGGCUUUUUUUUUUUUUGGUAAAAUUCUUGUUUUUCUUUCUUUCUUUUCUUUUUGCUGUUUUGUCAGCAGCUGAUUCAAGGCACUAAGGAACAGUUGUCUCCAGUUGCCUUACGGACAUCAGGCUUCUGUCAGGCUUGCACCCAUGGAUCAGCCCACCAAGCUGCCCCCGUCGAGUCCGUCCUCACCCACAGCGGCCUUCUCUGUGCCCAGUGCUGAGAAGGUGGAUGGCUUUCCACGCCGCUCCAUGCGCAGGGCCCGCCAGAGAAGGUCACACAGCUCGUCGCAGUUCCGUUAUCAGAGCUCGCAGGUGGAGCUCACACCUCUGCCUCUGCUCAAAGAUGCUCCAGUGGCAGAACUCCAUGAUCUGUUUUGUAAGAAGCUGCAGCAGUGUUGUGUGCUCUUUGACUUCCUGGACUGUGUGGCUGACCUGAAGGGGAAAGAGAUCAAGCGUGCGGCGCUAAAUGAGCUGGUGGAGAGCGUGGCCACCAAUCGUGGCAUUCUCAUUGAGCCUCUCUAUCCUGAGGCCAUCAAGAUGAUCUCAGUGAACAUCUUCCGUACCCUGCCGCCCAGUGAGAACCCAGAGUUUGAUCCAGAGGAGGAUGAACCCACACUGGAGGCCUCCUGGCCUCAUUUACAGUUGGUGUAUGAGUUCUUUUUACGCUUCUUGGAGAGUCCUGAUUUCCAGCCCUCCAUGGCUAAACGUUAUGUGGAUCAGAAAUUUGUUCUGCAGUUGCUGGAGCUGUUUGAUAGUGAGGACCCCAGAGAGAGGGAGUAUCUGAAGACCAUACUGCAUCGUGUCUAUGGCAAACUGCUCGGCCUCAGAGCAUACAUCCGGAAACAGAUCAACAACAUCUUCCUCAGGUUCAUUUACGAAACUGAACAUUUCAACGGAGUGGCAGAACUGCUGGAGAUUUUGGGCAGUAUCAUUAAUGGUUUUGCCCUGCCUCUGAAGUCAGAGCACAAGCAGUUCUUGGUGAGGGUCCUGAUUCCCUUACACACUGCCAAAUCUCUGUCCAUCUUUCAUGCACAGCUUGCCUACUGUGUUGUGCAGUUUAUGGAGAAAGACGCCACUGUUACAGAAUAUAUCAUCAGAGGGUUGCUGAAAUAUUGGCCCAAAACAUGCACUCAGAAAGAGGUGAUGUUCCUGGGGGAGAUUGAGGAGAUACUGGAUGUGAUCGAGCCAUCUCAGUUCAUCCGUGUGCAGGAGCCACUUUUUAAACAGAUCGCCAACUGCAUCUCCAGCCCCCACUUUCAGGUUGCAGAGCGGGCUCUGUAUUUCUGGAAUAAUGAGUAUAUUCUGAGUCUGAUCGAGGAGAACUGUCAGGUCAUUCUGCCUCUGGUCUUUGGCACGCUUUACCGAGUCUCAAAAGAGCACUGGAACCAAACUAUUGUGUCACUCAUCUACAACGUCUUGAAGACCUUUAUGGAGAUGAACAGCAAGCUUUUUGAUGACCUUACUGCCUCCUACAAGUUGGAGAAACAGAAGGAGAUGAAGAGGGAGAAGGAGCGUGCUGAGCUGUGGAAGGGGCUGGAGGAGCAGCAGGAGCGGAGGCUGCAGAGUCUGGGGGAAGCAAGUCGUAACCAAAAGAACCUGCAGGAGCGUGAGAACCUGAACAAGAACGAGCCGGAGAGCAGCGCUGGCAGUGCCACCUAGAACACACACACACACACACACACACAUGCACACACACAUGCACACACACACACACACACAAACAUACACACACACGCACUCACAAAUGCACAAGCCAAUAUGUACAAACAUGGAGAACAUAAUAACACAUACUUUGUUUUACUGACAGUUUUUACUCUGGAACUUGCCAUCACCUCUUAAAACAUACACACCAACACUCCUACACACACACACACACACACACACAUAUCAUACAGACAACAUUGCUGGAACAAUCAGAGAGAACAAACCAACAGCCAGUUGUCUAGAUGUAGAUAUACAAGCCACUCUCACGCUCACACACAUAGAAGUGAGAUGUAAAUGAUGCAGAAAGAAAAGAUGAGUACCUCUCACUCUUCAUGCCUUUUAUUCAUUUCCUCUGUCUCUAUCCAUAUCUUACAUGCUUCUUACUCAAACUAUCGCUUUCAUUGCUUUCCUUCUGUUUCUCUCUUCCUGUCAUUGACACUAAAUGUAUACAUGCAUACACACACACACACACACACACUAAUACCUAUACACACUGAAGACACAAGCAGCACAAAUAAGGACACACUACAUGCAUGGACACAUGAAUGGGUCGGAGUCACAUAGACACACACACACACACACACACAAACUCUGGAACGGGUCUUAAUCUCGCUCAAGACCUCUCUCAGUCUCAGUGUCAUGUCCACCAUCGGACUCACACACUCUCCCUAAAGAUGAGCAACAUGCUGAAAAUGAUGAUGAUGAUGAUGAUGAUGAAGAAUUAUGAUGAAGAUAACUCUGUAAUAGUAAUGGUUAUAAUGUUCUUAUUACAGCUUAUUCUAUAAGUAACACUUCUAUUGCUACUUCAACUGAUGUUUUUAUAUAUAUACAUAUAUAUAUAUAUAAAUAUAUAUAUAAAUAUAAUAUCUAUGUCCAAUUAUAGUGUUGGUGGGGGUAUUCUAGUGUAGCACCUCUUAAACAUGACAAAAGUAUGCUGCUAGACUAAACUUGUUCUGAUGUGAAGACAAAACAUUACACUAGUCCGUUCUUCUUCUGGGGUUUUUUCGUAAAAAAGAAAAGAAAAAAACAAGGAUCCAAAAUGUAUUACUUUAGCAAUAUUCUCAUCUACUUUGAAUGUGUGUCAGCAGUUUUCUUUGGAAACCCAUACCACCGACUUCAGUACACAGUUUUAAAAAUGGGGUUGAUAUUUGGUUGAUUGUUUUCUUUCUUUUUUUAUUUAUUUAUUUUUUUGUAUAACAGUUUGGCUGUCGAUAUUCAUUAAUAUUUAUUUCAUAUUGUGACAAGCUUGGAGCAAAAACUUGACCGAACAAGACUGGAAGUGACUGUAUGCUAAAGCGUACUCGAGUCUGGGAUGGACUGUCAUUGUUUUGAUGUUGGAUGUUGGUUCUGUACCAGCAUAUACCAUGACUUUCCUCUGUUUUCCUCUGAAAAAAACAAACAAACAAACAAAAAAAAGUGUAGAAAAAUCAUCGCUCAUUUUGUUAUUGAUUUUGUAAAAGGUGCAGUUCAUUUCCUUCCAUACUUCCUACAAUGAGAAGGCUUAGAUGUGAGAGAGUCAGUAAAAGGGACUCAGUAGAAUAGAGAGAGAGAGAGAAGGCAAUACAUGAACUGGAACUGUAAGCAUACGUAGCACCACUUCAACUAGAAUUGCACUGUCCUCUUGAUCGAUGUUUUGUGUUUAAAUAUAGCAAUGUAUUUUUUGGGGACCAACGGCUUUGGGAUAUGAAUGUAUAAAAUAUGGGAUAUAAACAUGAAAA